GAAAACUGUCCUUUGAUGAAUUCAAAGCUUACUUUGCUGAUGGAGUUCUGAGUGGAGAAGAACUGCAUGAACUUUUUCACACCAUUGAUACACACAAUACUGAGCUUCCUGAAAGCUGCUGCGCAAAUCACUUUGGACAAUAACUUUCUCAUUAUUCAAGUUCCCCAUUCUAACUGAAGAUAAAUUCAGCACCUAAAUACUUUUCCAUUUUUACUUUUAGUCCAUUUGCAGCUGUGUUGCUCCUGUCAAUAGGACUAACAGUGAUGUUCUGCUGACAGCAAUGCUGAAAGCCUCCGAGCCACUCCCUUGCUGUGUUGCUACCACAGUGCUGAGGAUACUGCAGAAGAACAAGGACCAGAAUGGAUUUUAAUAUGAAAUUUGAAAAGAGAGCAUGAAUGUGACUGGCUAACAAUGUGAGAGGCCAUUUUAAACACAGAUAUCAAGCUGUACUUUAAGAAAUGCAGAAAUGCCUUUUACAAACAGAAGGUGUUAGGGCAGAUGAUGUGAUGGGGCAGGAAAUGCAGGGACAAUGAACAAAGAGAGGGCAUCAUAAAAGCAAACUCCUGACAUUUAACAUCAUCCUGUUCUGUCACUGCUUUUUGACUCAGACAGUCUUCCAGCUUUCAGGUUUUCAGUUUGCAUCCAAGGAGUGAACAUCUGGACUGUUCAAAAAAGAACUGCUGGACUGCAGAAGUGAUUGGUCAAGCACUUUUGAUCAUUCAUGCCAUAGUGGUCCAUGGUGGACAGCAUUAAGGGGUCGCAGCCACUUUUUCUCAUCACGUUUGUUGUUGUAAGAGUUAAGUUUCUCAGCUUCAGCACCAAUUCUUACAGACUAUGGAUUCCCUUACACCUGCUACAAAAGCCACUGGAAAAAUCAGAUGGAAGACUCCAUUGCAGCCAUCCAACUUGGCCAGUUCAAAUGCAGAUAAGGUCACCUUCAGUUAAUAAAAGUUGUGGGAGAAUCUCGUUUACAUCAUCAAUUAAAAGCAUUCAGAAGUUUUUACAGCCCUGAGUAUGAAACUCUGUGACAACCCAGGAUCCUGCAAUUUCUGUCUGUUUCUCUCCCUCAUGAAAUAAAGGUCAUGUAUGGAAGUUAGCAUUGGUGAAAGUGAAUUUAAGAUAAUACUGUGUCAUCAUUUUAUUAAAAGCAAUCUGGACACAGAAGAGCUCUGCGAAUAUUUUUCCCAGCACUUGGGAGAGUAUGAAAAUGUUCUGUCUGUCUUGGAAGACUUAAACUUAACCAUACUGAAGGCAAUGGACAAAACGAAGAAAGGCUAUCAGGAAGCUUCUAAUUUGGAGCAGUUUGUGACUCGCUUUCUUUUGAAGGAAACACUGAACCAGCUUCAGUCCCUCCAGAACUCCCUGGAGUGUGCCAUGGAAACCACGGAGGAGCAGUCUCGGCAGGAGAGACAAGAUCCAACAAAACCAGAAGUGCUCUCAAUUCAAUGGCCGGGAAAACGCUCAGCUCGAAGGCUUCAGAGGAACAACAGCUUGUCGCCAAAUAGCCCUCAUUUUAGCACAGGUUGGAUUGAGGAAGAUAGCCAGUGGAUGACCCAGAUAAACAGACUUCAAAAGCUGAUUGACAGGCUGGAAAAGAAGGACCUAAAGCUUGAGCCAUUCGAAGAGGAAGUUUUGGAAGAAAAUGCAAAAUCUCACAUAAUGAUUGUUCAACGUCAAAUGUCUGUGAUAGAAGAAGAAAUUGAGGAAUUCCAGCUUGCUCUGAAGCAGUAUGUGGAAUCUGCUUCUACUCAGGGUGGCUGCUUGCAUGUUUCCAUACAGAAGCUUCCAAGUGAUUCCCGGUUCAUUAUUUAUGAGUUCUGGGAGAACAGCAAUGCCUGGAAUAGCCACCUCCAAAUGAGUUACAGCAAGACAUUCCAAAGAAGUAACGUGGACUUCUUGGAAACCCCAGAGCUCAUCACAACAAUGCUAGUCCCUGCAUCAUGGUGGGUCCUCAAAAACAACUAGAAGCUAUGGUUCCAAGUAGCGUUAAUGUUGCAUUGUUUUUCAUUAUGGUACCAUUCAUAUAGCAGUGUACAGGUAUGCUAGGUUAUGAAUUUAUGAUGUGGUAUUGUUUGUUAUUAUGGAUGUGAUCUUUUCCAUUUUAAAAUAUGGGAAAUUGCAUAUUUAUUACCUUCUCAUGACUAGUUCUGUGAAAAGAUGCAUUCUAAAAGCUGAAAAACAGACAACUAUGCUAAACUGUUUAUUGUGUAUAUUCAGUCCGAACUGUCACAGAAAAUCACAACUUGACUGGUAUGACUUAAGUAUUUGUGAAAAGUUUUAGUCUUACAUUAAUAAACAAUUGUUACUUAAUGCUGCUGUUUUCUCCUUUUACAGAAGAAUUGGUUAUGAACAUCAACACACAUUUUCAUACAUC